UAAGAAUAAUUCUUGUAAACAUAUUUCGUGGAGGGUAGUGCUGUUAUUCAUGUGUGGACAGUAGACACACGAGAAGAUAUUCUUCCCUCAACUUGAGGUGUCGAUCAACCUUUCUCAUCAAAUGGCACCGUCCAAAGAACAUCCAGAUUUGGGCGCCAACUCCCGAGGUUCCAAGGUUCCAAGGUUCUCAGAUAUGUUAGGGUUGGAACGACAUAUGGCGCAUUCCCGUAUGGCGCGUUUCAGCGAACGGCGGCGGCGACACAACUGCCCGAGUGCGCACAUGCUCCGCGAAGAAAGUUCCGUCGAGGAUGUUCUUCUGAGGUUGUUGGCGGCGCAACGUUGUCCUAUAUCUUGGCUAGAAUCUCCGAUCCGCACCACGAUGUUCGAACCAUUUUCCAGGCUACCAACAGAGCUUCGCAUUCACAUCUGGGAGCUGACAGUCUUCCCACGCCUUGUCCAUAUCGCCACGCGGACUUCACCCGGAAACCCGCCCGCCGUCGAGGUGAUUUGUGUCAAGUCGAACACUGCCUGUCCAGCAGUCAUGCAAGCAUGCCGUGAGUCCCGCAAUAAUGCAAGAUAUCAGAAGGCUUUCACAUACGGCUCAGAGCCGAGGUAUAUCUGGAUCAAUUUCGAAUAUGACAUGAUUAAUUGUCACUGGGAUGAAUUUGAUCGGUAUUCGUUCAGAGACCAUCGGGCAGACGUCCGACGUUUACGGGUAAUUACGACGGACGAAGCAUCCCUCUGGUUAUAUUCCCUGCAGUCCGAGGAUGCGAGGAGGAAUUCCAGGAGGGGAAUCAACAAUCUUAUUCACAAAGAUCUGCCAUCAAUUCAAGAAGUACACAUUUUCGAUGCCGGAAGACGUCUGAAGGCCAUUAUAUAUAGUUCCGCGUCUUGGGUUGAUUUCACCGUUCCGGUCGGGAGCAUCAAAUCAAAGGGUCUGGAUACAGGAAUCAUAGUCAUCGAUGCCAAGUUUUACAGAAAUCAAGAAGAACCGGCCAAAGACUUUCCAUCGCUAGAUAGCGACGGUAACGAGGAUGGAGGGAAAGACGUAGAAAGGACGAUUCGUGAUAUGACUCCACCAUCGGAAAGACAUUUGGUGCGACUACGCGUUGGCGAGUCUAUCUCUGGUAUUUGGUCUUGAACAUUUAACGAUCGGCGAUGGUGUUCCACAGACCUCUUAACCAUACCUAGAUGCUUUUGCCGCAGAUGAAUGUUCAGCUAUGCAGGUACCCUUGCUGUAGGAGAUGGGUGGUUGCCUAAUGUUACGAAAUGCUGUCCCCGCGAAGGCGCGAUCAAGUACAGGCAAGAGCGAGCGGAGAUGUCACCUCGCCUCAAACCUACCACUCUGCUGACAUCG